AUGCUCGUGUUCUUGACCGGUGCUGCCGGGUUCAUAGGUCGCGCAACCAUCCAAGAACUCCUUGACCACGGUCAUCAAGUAUUGGGACUCGCACGAAGCGACGCCUCUGCGGAAACCAUCUCCAAACUUGGGGCACAGGUUCACCGGGGCAGCCUUGAGGACCUAGAGAGUCUGAAGAGCGGCGCGAAGCAAGCUGACGGGGCCAUUCACCUUGCAUUCAUCCACGAUUUCAGCGACUAUGCGAAAGCCGCUGCAGUCGACCGAGCCGCUAUCGAGGCCAUGGGUGAAGCCAUGGUUGGUACAGGAAAGCCACUGGUCAUCGCCUCCGGCACCCUAGUUGCUGUGAAAGGCGAACUGGCCGUUGAAGACGCCGAGCCUGAUCGUGGUACGGCGUUCGAGACGAGACAGGGCGCGGCGGAUCUUGUUGUGAAAUUGUCAAAGGAGAAGGGGAUCCGUGGCUCGAUCGUUCGUCUCCCACCCACAGUCCACGGCAAAGACGAUGGCGGGCUCAUUCCUCGCUUCAUCGACAUCUCGCGACAGACCGGUUCGGUCAUCAUCCUGAGCGAUGGAUCGAGUCGUUGGCCAGCCGUUCAUCGCCAGGAUGCAGCUGUUCUCUUCCGCCUCGCGCUUGAAAAGGGUACACCAGGCGCCUAUUACCACGCCGUUGCGGAGCAAGGUGUUCCAAUGAAGGAUAUUGCCGGGGUUGUUGGCAAGAAGUUGGGGAUGCCGGUGGAAAGCAAAACUGCUGAGGAGGCCAUGGGGACUCUUGGGUUUCUCGCUUUGGCAUUCAGCGCUGAUAACCCAACUUCAAGCGAAAAGACGCAGAGGGUGCUCGGGUGGAACCCCAAAGGCUCUGGACAGCCUGGUUUACUAGCAGAUAUGGAAGCGAACUACUUUUCCUGA